UGUAAAGUCACCCGUCGGGUCAAUCUUGACCGUUGAGUUCAUUUUCUUCCUGUCCCGAAAGAACAAAGUUUUUUUUUUUUUUGUCUUUUGUUUUCUUUCGGCGGCAAGGGGGAGAAUUUUCGUGGGUAAUUUAGAGCUUAGGGAUUUCAUGGAGCCGCGAGUUGGAAACAAGUUUAAACUCGGCCGAAAGAUCGGUAGCGGAUCAUUUGGAGAGAUCUAUCUUGGCACUAAUAUUCAGACAAACGAGGAGGUUGCGAUUAAGCUGGAAAAUGUCAAAACAAAGCAUCCCCAACUGCUGUAUGAAUCAAAGCUGUACAAAAUACUGCAGGGUGGAACUGGAAUUCCAAAUGUGAGAUGGUUUGGUGUUGAAGGAGACUAUAAUGUUCUUGUGAUGGAUUUAUUGGGGCCAAGUCUUGAAGAUUUAUUCAACUUCUGCAGUAGGAAACUAUCCCUUAAGACUGUUCUUAUGCUUGCAGAUCAAAUGAUCAACCGAGUUGAAUUUGUUCACUCCAAGUCAUUUCUACAUCGAGACAUCAAGCCGGAUAACUUUCUUAUGGGCUUAGGGAGGCGUGCCAACCAGGUAUAUGCUAUUGACUUUGGUCUGGCAAAGAAGUACAGGGACACCUCAACCCAUCAGCAUAUUCCUUAUAGAGAGAAUAAGAACUUGACGGGAACUGCAAGAUAUGCUAGCAUGAAUACUCAUCUGGGCAUUGAACAAAGCCGAAGGGAUGAUUUAGAGUCUCUUGGAUAUGUUCUUAUGUAUUUCUUACGAGGAAGUCUUCCUUGGCAAGGAUUGAAAGCGGGAACCAAAAAGCAGAAGUAUGAGAAGAUCAGUGAAAAGAAAGUUUCUACUUCUAUUGAGGAGCAGGCAUGGUGGUUUCCCAACAUCUCUAUGUCGUUGAUUGUGGUACUUGAAGAGAUGAUCUUAAGACAUCUGGAUACAACGUUGUUCACCUGGAGAUUGGAGAGAGGAAAGGCCAAGUGGAGAUAGCAUGUGUUGGUGCGGGUUUGAGUCAAGAGGAUGUUCUUGUGGAGGUGGAGCAACAACUGAUGGUGGAGAAGAUGAUUGGUUUCCAGCUUGUCACGCAGCUGCCAUAUCAUAAUUUUUUAAUAACUUGGCUUAUGGCAGUCUCUCUUAAACUUACUAGAUCAUGUAGAUGGAAUAACUUGGAAGGAAAAUAAAAAGUUGAGCACCUGAUUUUAAGAUUUAAAUGGUCAGGGACCAAUCUAAAAAUCAGAUCAAAGAUGAA